CACACAUUAAACGUUUGAAGCGUUUCAUUCAUGGACGUGGGAGCGAACACGUACCUCAUUAGACCGAAUUAUAAAGACAAGUUCAAGGCAGGAGCGGCGAAAGAGUGCAUUAGAGAAAUCCUGAGGGAGCAGCUGUAUGGAGUGCAGUAAGAUCCUGAGGAGGUUCCCACAUUAUCCAGAUCUUUAGCAGACUCGAUUAAAAACAAGCUGCGAGACGUGGGCUUUGACAGAUACAAGCUCAUCGUGCAGGUGGUCGUUGGAGAGCAGCGUGGAGAAGGAGUCAAGAUGGCUGCGCGCUGCUUCUGGGAUGCAGAUACAGACAGCUAUGCUCAAGAUAUAUUUAUGAAUGACAGCUUGUUCUGUGUGGCCGCUGCGUUUGGUGUGUAUUAUUACUGAAGACACAUAGGAGAUGUGCAGAGGACCAAACAUUCGCAGAUGUGAUAUUUAAUAC